AAAGACCUGUCUCAGCUAGUUCAGUCCUGAGUGAACAUGGCGGUCAUGUUAAAUGCACUCACUGACAUCUAGUGGCGUUCUACGGUACUGUAUCUUACUUUUUUCCAGAGAGCUCCUGAUGAUGCUACCAGUGACCACCUGACCUUGCAUCACUGCAGUAAUCUCACACACACACAUUUAAUGCGUGUGCGACCUUUUCCAAAGUGCAGCCAUCUAUUUGGAGCUGUGCCUGGAGAUGUUAGUGAGGAGAGGAUAGAGAGGAUGGUUCCCCUCUUCAUAGUGGGUUUUGAACGAUGUUGCUUGGAAUUUGGUGAGGAUGGAUCAUUGAGGGGAUGAUGAAACCCACAGAAGAGAAAAGGUGUGUUUUGCUCGUGACGAGUGGGUGAGGAUGACCGAGAGCCAAGGUGGACACGAGCCCAACCGAACUCAAGAGUUGAGAGCCGUCGUUGUUCGCAAGAAACAAAGAGAGGACACAUUCAAACUGCGGGUCAUCUUCUUGGAUGACAGUGAGAGCAUAUUUGAGGUUGAGCAAAGGAUCCUUGGAAAUGAUUUCUACAACAAAGUAUGUGGGCACCUGAAGCUGUUGGAAAAAGAGUAUUUUGGCCUUGAGUUCCGUCACCAGUGUGGCAGUUAUAUGUGGUUGGAACUGCUAAAGCCCCUGGCCAAGCAAGUCAAAAACACCAGUGAUCCAACGUUCCGCUUCAUAGUGAAGUUCUUCCCCCCAGACCCAGGGCAGCUGCAGAAAGAACUGACCAGGUACCUGUUUGCAUUGCAGAUUAAACAGGAUUUGUCCAAUGGGAGUCUUACUUGCAAUGAUAACAGCGCUGCUCUCCUUGUCUCACAUUUACUGCAGUCAGAGCUAGGUGACUACGAGGAGGAACUUGACUUGCAACAUCUAGAGACCAAGAACUACGUACCCAACCAGGAGUGCCUCCACAAGAAGAUCCUGCGCUUCCACAAGAGGCACAGGGGCCAGACACCAGGUGAGGCAGACAGCCAGCUGCUAGAGGUGGCUCGGAAGCUGGACAUGUACGGGAUCCGCCCACAGGCUGCCAAUGAUGGAGAGGGCACCAAGAUCAACCUGGCCAUCACACACUCUGGAGUGUUGGUCUUCCAGGGCAACACCAAGAUAAACACUUUCAGCUGGGCCUCAAUCCGCAAACUGAGUUUUAAAAGAAAGCAUUUUUUGAUUAAACUCCAUGCUAAGAUUGUGCCCUCUCGUAAGGACACGGUAGAGCUAGCCAUGGCCAGCCGUGAUGUGUGUAAGGCCUUCUGGAAGACGUGUGUAGAGUACCAUGCCUUCUUCCGUCUCUCUGAGGAGCCCAAGUCCCGACACAAGUCCUUCCUCUACAGUAAAGGCUCCUGCUUCAGAUACAGUGGUAGGACCCAGAAACAACUGUUGGACUGUGUCAGGAGAGGGGGGAGGAAGAACCUGCCUUUUGAAAGGAAAUUCUACAAGGCCCACUAUGACAACAGGCAGUGCAGGUCCUCUCCUGACCUCCUCACUGAUGUCUCCAAACAGGUGUAUGAGCAGACCUGUGGGUUCCCCCAUCCCGACUGUGCCCCGGGUGGGAAGCGCAGUCAGUCUGCUGUGGAGGUGCUGUUCACCACUAUGGAUCUGGAGGGCCCCCCGCCCCACUCUGCACACACUUCUGCCUUUGGCCAGUCCCGCUCCUCUUCCUUCUCUGGGGCUGAGCCAGGGCCCACAGCGCUACAGGGGCCCAAGGGGCUGCGGUGCCACAGUGAGAGGGCCACCCAGAGCUUCAACCGCAGCAGCAGCGUGGCUGAGGGGCCUCAGAGGGGCCGACUGCUGGCCAAUACACAGCAGCUGGUCCUGCUCUACCCCAGCCCUCACUCCCACCUUUACCCCUACCCCUGCCUGGAGCUGCACCCCAUCCUGCCCCUCUCUGCUCAGGCCUACAUGUCUGGCUGCUCCUCUUUCUCCUUGGACCACGCUCCAGCCCCACUGCCUCUGUCCCACUACGGCCCAAGGCCUGCUCCCCAGGCCGCCCUCCUGGACGAGUUCAUCCGCUCCUCCAGUUUCUCCAACCCCUCCUCCUUGUCUCCCGGUCUGCGGCGCCAGCGUCAUCGCUACAACGUGCCUCCAAGCAUGGCUAUUGCUCCGGGGCUGUAUGCUGCCACUCUGGCUGGUUGUGGUGCUGGUCGGAGGGAAUUUGGCAGAGAGGAGACGGCAGGCCACUUCAGUGAUGACUCCAGCUACCAGGCAGGCCUACCCAAGCGCUCCUGGAGCCAUUCUGAUGUGAAGGUCCUCCGGCCUUCUGCCCCAGCAGCAGAGUUCCGCCCUCUAGGUCACUACCCUCACCUAUCACGCCGACACUCGCCUGCACGCCCAACACACCUCCCUCUUAACCUGUCCCCCAUGCCUGAACGGCCCGCCUCUGUGUGCGUGCUAGGGGCCGGGAGCAGGACAGGGAGUGGAGAGAUCAGCCUCAGUGACUCGGACGUCAUGUUCCCAUACUACUGCCCAGGGAAACUGGUGCGCUCUGGCCCCCUGGCUCGGAUGCGCAUUUCAUCUGGUAGUCUGCAGCUGGACGAGGGGGAGGAAGACUCCUUUAACUUAAGUGACCCUGAAGGCAGUGCAGCAACAAAGCGGUCAUGAGCCAAUCAGAGCGUUAGUAUUUGUACUGGCGCUAUCCAUAGCCAAUCACAGCUUAUUCUCUUUGGUGGGCCUGUGGUCCCAAUGGGACGAUAAAUCUCUAAAAAGGGUUUUUGUGACCAUGUCUUCAGAGUCAUUCCGGUCACUGGUCAUAUUUGAAGAUGAAGGCAUGAGAGACACACCAAACUGAUGGACCUGACUUCAUAAGUAUGCCUUGAAGAAACCGUCAGACAAUUCACAUUUUUUGGGAAUAGACUUUACAUCAACAAAUGUAAUUACUUCCACCACAUAAGAUGAGUACUCGGAUGAAAGACCAAACAGCCCCUCUCCCGAGUCUUACCAUUUCAGCGCUGGAUUUUGAUGGACCUUAUAGGCUACUGUACUGGUCUCACCUCACUGUCAACAGUCUAAGGAACUCCAACUGUUAUUGGAAUAUUCCUAAUGAAACAAGCCUUUUGAAAAUGUGGUUUCAAAGACCGCAAGGACUGUGGAAAGAAUAAGGACUUUCUAUGCACUACUUAGCUGCACAUAACAGGAAGUGGACCGUCUACAGAAACAAAAUGGGAAUACUGUAGACUUGUCCACCAUUCUGCCGUUGAAAGAUACUGAUGCAAUUCAAUGUAUUUUCAUGGAAUACUGACACAUUCAAUAAAAAUAAAAAACA